CUUACAGCAGUUGCUCACAUGCUGAACUUUGAAACGCUUUGAAAUCUGAGCUGUACCGUCAUGGUUUCAGUGGAAUGAUUACUCUUCACAACCGGCACGAGAUUAUGUUUUUGACAGGGUUUGAGCAGGACAUGGUCUCCCCCCAUCAGGUAAUUUUGCUCAUUAAACUGCCAUUCAUGAGCGCGUCUGGCUUGGUUUAGCAGUCAUGGAUGACAAGGCUUCAGUGGGAAAAAUUAGCGUGUCUUCUGAUUCGGUGUCUACCCUCAACAGUGAGGACUUUGUCCUGGUUUCCUGUCUGGGGGAUGAGACCCACUCCGCUAAUAAUGGUAGCGAUGAUGAAAAGACAGGACUAAAGGUGAUUUCUGAGGAAGAGGUCAGCUUUAAGAUUGUGGGGAACGGCAGUGAGCAGCAGUUACAGCAGGAGCUGGAAGAUGUGCUGAUGGACCCUUCUGUGACUGAGCUGAUGGGCAACCCGGACCAAUUGGGAGAGGGAGAUCAUGGCUACCCUACCACUGUUGCCAAGCCACUGUCCUGCACAACACCCCCUAAACUCAAGAUGAUGCUGCCUGUUCAGGGGCCUCAGGAGAGCGAACUCAACGAGAGAUCUUACAGGGAUGAGCCCUCUGAGAUGAGUCCCAGUACUCCAGUCCCAGACGAGGACAGUGUGGUGUUCAGUAAACUGACGUAUUUGGGCUGUGCAUCAGUGAACGCCCCUCGCAGUGAGGUGGAGGCCCUGCGUAUGGUCAGCAUACUUCGUAGCCAGUGCCAGAUGCCCCUGGACAUCACCCUCUCUGUGCCCGGAGUUUCGGAGGGCACCGUCAGAUUACUGGAUCCUCAGAGCAGCACUGAGAUUGCCAACUACCCCAUUUAUAAGAUCCUCUUUUGUGUUCGUGGCCAUGAUGGAACAUCAGAGAGCGACUGCUUCGCCUUCACUGAGAGCCACUACAACACUGAGAUCUUCCGUAUCCACGUCUUCCGCUGUGAGAUCCACGAGGCGGUGAGCCGAAUACUCUACAGCUUUGCCACAGCCUUCCGUCGAUCGGCCAUUAAAGCACCACUUGCUGCCAAGACCCUGCCCCUCACACCAGACAGCGAUGUCUUCACCUUCACCGUCUGUUUGGAGAUUAAAGAGGAUGAUGGGAAGGGCACAUUUAGUGCAGUGUCAAAGGAUAAGGACAGGCAGAGCUUUAAACUGCGUCCAGGCAUGGACAAGAAGAUAGUGAUCUAUAUCCAACAGACGUCCAACAAAGAGCUGGCCAUCGAGAGGUGUUUUGGUCUGCUCUUGAGCCCAGGGAAGAAUGUGAAGAACAGUGAUAUGCACCUGCUCGACCUGGAAUCAAUGGGCAAGAGUUCAGACGGGAAGUCUUACAUCAUCACAGGAAGCUGGAAUCCCAACACUCCGCAGUUUCAGGCUGUGAACGAGGAGACACCCAAAGAUAAGUUCAUGUACAUGACAACGGCAGUGGAUCUGGUGAUAACUGAGGUGGAGGAGCCUGUGAGGUUCCUGCUGGAGACACGGGUUCGAGUGUGCUCCCCCAACGACAGGCUCUUUUGGCCCUUCAGUAAACGCAGUUACACUGAGUCCUUCUAUCUUAAACUCAGACCCAUGGAGAACAAGGAGCGGAAGAGUAAUUCAGACACGCUGUAUGAAGUGGUGAGCUUAGAGAGUGAGACGGAGAGAGAAAGGAUGAAGACCACAGCUAGCCCCGGCAUACUGUCCUUUGGAUCUCACGGCUCUAUUGUGCCCUCGCCACCAGAGGAUGAUGAGGAGGAAGAUAAUGAUGAGCCCUUACUUAGCGGCUCUGGAGACGUGUCUAAGGAAUGCGGUGAAAAAAUUCUGGAAACUUGGGGCGAUUUGUUAUCCAAAUGGCAUCUGAACUUGGCUGUUCGGCCCAAACAGCUGCCGGCGCUGGUCCGCAGUGGUGUCCCAGAGGCCUUGAGAGGGGAGGUGUGGCAGCUACUGGCCGGAUGUCACAACAAUGACCACCAGGUGGAGGAGUACCGAACACUCAUUAUAAAGGAAUCUCCACAAGACAGUGCCAUCACUCGGGACAUUAACCGUACAUUUCCAGCACACGACUACUUUAAAGACACAGGAGGUGACGGGCAGGAUUCUCUCUAUAAGAUCUGUAAGGCAUACUCUGUAUACGAUGAAGUGAUUGGAUACUGUCAGGGGCAGUCCUUCCUCGCCGCUGUGCUGCUGCUACACAUGCCAGAGGAGCAGGCAUUCAGCGUGCUGGUGAAGAUCAUGUUUGAAUACGGUCUCAGAGAGCUCUUCAAGCAAAACUUUGAAGAUCUGCACUGCAAGUUCUUCCAGCUGGAGAGACUCAUGCAGGAAUACAUUCCAGACCUGUACACACAUUUCCUGAAUCUGGGUUUGGAAGCGCACAUGUACGCCUCCCAGUGGUUUCUCACUCUCUUCACAGCCAAAUUCCCGCUCUACAUGGUCUUUCACAUCAUAGACCUACUGCUGUGUGAGGGCAUCAGUGUCAUUUUCAAUGUGGCUCUUGCUCUACUGAAGACGUCUAAAGAUGACCUGUUACAGACAGAUUUUGAGGGUGCGCUGAAGUUCUUUCGAGUGCCUGUGCCCAAACGCUAUCGCUCAGAGGAGAACGCCAAGAAGCUCAUGGAGCUAGCAUGUAGUAUGAAGAUUAGUCAGAAGAAGCUAAAGAAGUAUGAGAAGGAAUAUCACACAAUUCGAGAGCAACAAGAACAGCAGGAGGCGCCAAUCGAGAGAUAUGAGAGAGAGAACCGGCGGUUACAGGAAGCUAACAUGCGUCUGGAACAGGAAAAUGAUGACCUGGCACAUGAGCUGGUCAGCAGUAAGAUCGCGCUGCGGAAAGACCUGGACAAUGCGGAAGAGAAAGCCGACGCUCUCAAUAAAGAGCUUCUCAUCACAAAACAGAAACUGGUGGACUCUGAAGAUGAGAAGAGACGACUGGAGGAAGAGUCUGCACAGUUGAAGGAGAUGUGUCGGAGAGAACUGGACAAAUCUGAGUCUGAGAUAAAGAAGAAUGGCUCCAUCAUUGGGGAAUACAAACAGAUCUGCACUCAGCUCAGCGAGCGUCUGGAGAAACAGCAGACGGCUAACAGAGGAGAGCUGGAGAAGAUCCGGCUGAAGGUGGAGGGCUGUGAUAAGUGCAGCAAUCUCUUCAAUAAGGAGGGCCGUCUGAAAGUGCUGAGUGUUCCUAAGGAGGGCAGUGAGGAGGACACAGACGAAGAGAAGGAGGCGCUGAAGAAUCAGCUGAGAGAGAUGGAGCUGGAGCUCGCCCAGACCAAACUGCAGCUGGUGGAGGCUGAGUGCAAGAUACAGGACCUAGAGCAUCAUCUGGGCCUGGCUCUGAAUGAAGUCCAAGCAGCCAAAAAGACGUGGUUCAACCGGACGUUAAGCUCCAUCAAGACUGUCACAGGAGCUCAAGGCAAAGAGAGCGUCUAACUGGACCACAGAGACACAACACUCCAGCCACUAACUAUCUCUCCCCUGUCCAGCGCUUGUACCCUGCAGCUGGCACAACAGAUGUUUUUUUUCUCUCUCCUUUUUCUUUUUUUUUUUUUUACUUCUAGGGUACCAACUAUCCAAACUGAAACUUACUGAAAGAAAAAAGACUUUAACGCCAGUCUUUCUACUACUGAUAUUAAACAGAGGACUGGCUGUGUCUUCUGCGAGAUAUUAACACUUCAUCCAUUGACAUACUCAAGACUACUUGCACAAACAAAGAGUCCCAGUUAAUAUACGGUACAAGUGCUGUGGGAAAACUAGUUUCCGUUCAACCGUAACUUUCGUUUGUGUUUGCUUUUUUGCAAGGUGAUGGCAAAUGCGUUGAUCCGUGUGCAUGUGUAUGACUGAAAAGGUCUGCUUUUAUUGUUGUGUGUGUGUGUGUGUGUGUGUGUGUGUGUGUGUGUGUGUGUGUGUGUGUGUGUGUGUGUGUGUGUGUGUGUGUGUGUGUGUGUUGGCCAAUAUUGUGGUUUCCAGAGGAAGACUUGGAGGAAGUAAAUAUGUCGCAGUGAACUUUUAAUUUGAUUCCUCCUUGAACCACUAGCUGACGCCCUUCUGAUAUUAACAAAAAUGAAUGGUGUAUAUGAUGAAUCAUGCACAGUGGGAUACAAUGAUUGUGUAUAUCCAUAGCCACACAACGGGCUGAUCUAUAAAGGACUGCUUGUUUGACCGAAAGGUCAAAGGUCAUUCACAAUCUGCAGUCUUCUGUAGUGACUGUGUUGCGGCUAACCAGAAAGGCGCUCUCUAAAGCGAAGCACAUGUUUUGAUCGGCAAGCACAUCUCAAGCUAAAGGAAAAGCUCAACCUUCAGCAGUCACUUUGUUUGUGUGUGUGUGUGUGUGUGUGUGUGUGUGUGUAAAGAAUACUUUGCAGUAAGGUCUUUGCACCUUACAGACAUAUUUAUAUUGAUAUUUGGCUUGCUAAAGUUAUUGUUGUUGGUUAAGGGCCUGUGUGCCCUAUUAAGACAAAAGGGGCUGUUCUAAGAGGCAGUGCGUUUGUAAAUAAAAAUAAGCAUAUGAUUUUUUUUUGGGGGGGGGGGGGAUUAAUUUUAUAUUUCAAACUCUACUAGGUAACUGUACUAAUGUUGCCUAAUUGUACUGUGCUACAAGAUUAUUACUAAUUGUUUGCCUUUGUCUUCAAUUUCAGACUGCUGUCUCAUUAUUACACGCCAAAUGUACCUUUAUUAAGCAUUACAUCCGUGUGGACAUUGUACUAGUUUAGGUUGCAUUGUGUAUACUUCCAUGAAUUUCAGUAUAAAGAUAUGAACACAUGUUUCCUGUGGUAUUGUGUUAUUUAUUAUGUGUCUAAAAUGUUGUGGCCUAAUAUUACCAUGUAAGACUGCUACAAGUGAAAGUGGUAAAAACAAAUUAUCCCUCAAAUUUGAAAAUUACACCACUACCGUGGUAGGUUUUAACACUAUAUAAAUCAUAGGCACAGAGGGAGAGAGGCACAUUAUUAAAUUUGUUAUCAUUGUUAGCCUUU